CGUUUGUCGUCCCUAAACCAAUAAACGUAGAACUCUUCUUCUAGUGAACAAAGUGAUCAAAUUUUACAUUUAGCUGAGAGAAGCCUUUCAACCAAGACUGUUAGGUCAGCAUCACUGUAUUUGAUUUGCUAGUUAGCAUGUGCCAGACUGGAGCAGCCUUCAUGUUAGCAUCUGCUGCCCGCUGUUCGCCCCUUCUCCACAUCUGGCAUCAGCAAGAAUGAAUUGUGUCCUUGAAGGAAACUGUGUAAAAGCAUUUGGAAGGGCUAUUCAUGCCUUGUCACGGAUCGGAGAAGAGCUGUGGUUGGAUCCCAUGGUUGGAGGGCCAGCUGCAUCUCUCCUUGUCUUACAGCUGGCGCUGAGAUCAGUCAAUGCUGCUCACUCUGCAUAUGCCUGCUUCCUUUUCUCACAACUGUUCUUCCAGCACUACAGCCUGGGGUCAGCAUCAGAGCAGGGCAACGAAACGGUCAAAUGCAAACUGGUCAUUAAGUCUCUGCUACCACUUUUCCGGUGUUUGACUUCCAUUGAGCGUAAUGUGGAACGAUGUCAGAUUUCAAUCAGCACUCCCAGUGACCGAGUGACAAUCCAGUUUUUUUGCAGGCAUGAUGCUGUAUUGCAUAUUGUCAACACGUGGUGGCAGUGUGCUCCAAACAGCCCGUCUGCUUUUGUGAUAGGCAUCACCAAGACCCACAGCUUUCGUUUCCAGGAAAGUGAGGCUCUGCAGGCAGUGUUUGCCUCACACAGCUGUCCCAAUGUGCUGCAGGCACCUGCCAGCAGGCUGCUUAGUGAUACGGUGAUGCAUUUCCCAGUGUCCCAGGAGGAAAUCACUCUGUCUGUGACUCCUCUGAGACUCAGUCUGAGAAAUCACUACGAACGAGGAAAUGUUCAUAUGAAGAUUAUAAACACCGAGAUUUCCCUACCCCCAGACGAGUUUGACGCCUUCCAGGUCGGAGUGGACUCAGACAUAACCUUCUGUCUGAAGGAGCUGAGGGGUUUGCUGUCCUUUGCAGAGUCACAUUGCCUUCCAGUGUCAGUCCACUUUGGUGCUGCGGGAAAGCCUGUGUGCUUCUCUGUGGACAACCUGGUCCUGAAGGCCACUGUGGUGCUGGCUACCCUGAUCGAUUCUGAAAGCGGGGGCCCAUCUCAGUCUCCUGAGACUCCGGCCCCUACUACUCCUAGGUGUGCAGGUGCCGCAGCUCCACCUGUGGGGUCAUAUGAUGCAGGAAACAGUAAGCCCCAGGAUUUUCCUGCUGUAACAGAGCUGAUCGCAUCCAGUCAGGGAAGCCCUAUAAUCAACCCACCUGCUCUUGGGCAGCCCUGUGCCGCCAUUUCUGCGUCCACCAUGAUCUGCUCCCUCCUGUUCAGGGCUUUGUCCUCGGAGCAGGAGGAUGCUGCUGACGACCUGCCUGUACUGGCAUCUCGCAGUGACACGGAGGAGGAAGAAGACUAAACAAGACACCCUCCACUCUCAUUUCUCAUCUGGACUUUUUUGACACUGCCAAAUGUAGGCCACAACACAACUGUAGUCAGAAUGAUAAGAACUUAGCAUUUUAAGUAAAUGUUAAGCAUGUUUAUAGCUCAAAGUUUGCUUUAAUUGUUGCAGCUGUUUUGGAAGUGGUUUGCCCUCAAAGUUCACUUGAAAUUUAACUGAAUUAUUGUAGUUAUGCAUCUAAGAAUAUACAAAUUAAUUUGUCUUGGCAUUUACAGUGUGUGAAAUACAUUUAACAAAGCAUGUGUAGUAGAAUGACUUCAGUCGGCGCUAUGAGAACACACACUGUUGUCAGAGGAAUGUGGGAGAACAGAAACUGUACUACCGUCAGAUACAUAGCUAAAUGUGAUAAGGUCCUGAUGGGAAAAUACCACAGAGGCCUGUAGCAUAAACCUGUGAAGAAAGUGCACCUGCAGUGUGUUGUUCAGUUCUCAAGCUCUAAAACUACAAACAGGUUUGUGUUGAUAUCAAACAGGAAACAAUAAAUACUACAGUCUUUAUUUAAAUAUUGUACAGAUCUGAAAAUGUUUUUCACAGAGCUUAGAUCUGCACUGAACUGUACAACCUAUACAUACAUGCACUCUGGUUGUAACAAAGUCUGGAAGAUGACAUCGAUGUGAGACAACAGAGAAGAAUGUCAGGGUGGGCAGGAAGCAGAAACCAUAGAGCUAACAGUGCUAGUACCGUCUGACUGGGACAGCUGCUUUGUUCAGGCUGCUUAGAUUGUCCACUGUGCUGUAACAUUUCAAACUCUCAUUUUGACCAUUUACAGCUCUGCCUAAAUUUGCUCCUCCAUACCCAUGGGCCCAAAUUCAAAGUGGCAGCUGACACUGCAGUCUCCCAGUGCGAAGACAUCAGAUGAAACUGGGAAACACUAUUUAUUAGAUGGUGUAGAUUGUAAACAGUGACCUAAAGGGCCGCGGGGAGGAUUUUCUAUGCACUGAGCUCCUGGCUGAGUGUGGAGAAGUAGAUUUCAGGAGAAAAAAAAAA